GUUCUAAUUCGAAUGGCAUUCCUUAGCUUUGAUAGUUCUGAGGACGUGAUUCGAAUUUUGAAACAACCGCUGAUGCCAAUGCUUUCCAUAGGCUGACGUUGCUUCUAAUAUCAGGCGGUAUAUCGGUUGACGACGCUAGUUCGAACUACAUGCUUCGAGCUCAAGAACUGCAAUUGCUGCUGUUCAUUGUCCUCAGGGAAAUUUGGAGCAAACGACGUUUCGUUUCUUCCGAAUUUAAAUUUCUGGCGUUUCAUCAUUCUUGUGAUGCAAAAUUGAGCAAAUCUAAAAUCUCUGCUGCUAUCUACCAUGAGUAGAUAGCAGCAUAGAUUAUCAAGAUAAAAGCGCAUCGAUAAAUAAUGUACGUACGUUCACACGGAAGCUUCGGAGCCAAACGCCAAAUCCUGUAAUAAGCACCGUGAAGCCGCUGGCAACGACAAUUUCGUUACGUUCAAGAUGCGAUGAGCUUUCAGCAGAUAGCGGACUCCGGGUUAUCAUUUCUUGACCAAAUACCUUUCCCACCAUCCCAUAUUCAGUCUGAUGUAGAAAUCUAUUUGUCUUGAUUCUCCACGUAGUCUUUCCGUGCCUUUGAUCUGUAACAGAUUCAAAGACCGAACUUCAUCCCCUUCGGAUCAACCUUCGAAGCUAAAUUCUCACUUGUCUCAGAAGUGUAUCAGGCAUUCCUCAUGCCUCUCAUCGUCUCUCUGCCCACUAUUUUCUCCAUUCUACUGAAGACCGUGCUAUCCGCUGAACUGUUGGGCCGGAAAGAGCAGACGCUGGGUUAUACAAUUCCAACUCUAAAUUAGAUUCAUGUCCUGUAUUCAGAUCACAUCUGGUGCUCUCGUUCCGGUUGAUAUCUUAUAGGUGGACCUUCGGGUCAUGCCACGAAGAUGUUCUCUUCUUUUGACUCGCGUCUCUUUCGUCUCUUGCAUGACUUGUCAUCGCGGAUGGAUGUCAUCAGUGAUGGCAAAUCAUGGGAUAUCCAUGAAUUCAAUGUCCAGAGAAAGCUCUGCAGUAUCAUACACAGGUCGAUAAGCCUCACAACGAGCAAUUAGAGUCUUGCUACGUUGUGCAACAGGUGCAAUCAGCGAACUGCGAGAAUUAAGGGGACAGUUUGUAGAACUUCACCGCAAUAAGAAAGACAUUCACACUUCAACCGUCCACGACUGAUCAUUCUUUGCCAACUGAACGCGAAAUGGCGGCUGCUUCACCGGAAGAAUCUAUUAUGUCCAAGGAGAAAGAAGCUAACAUAAACGUCUACGUUCGAAUUCGCCCUCUCUCAAGGGAAGAAAUAAUUGCGGGCGAUAAGUGUGCCGUGACUGCUCUGAAAGAUGGAAAAACAGCACAGGUCGUGGAGGAAGGAGGAGGAUACAAGCUUACAACGAGGACGUUCAAGUUUGAUGGCUGCCUAGGCCCCACGGCUGAUCAGGACCAAGUCAUGGAGCGACUGAAAGUCGUCAAAAUGCUGGACUCUGUUCUUGAAGGGUAUUCUUCAACGAUAAUGGCUUGUGGGCAGACAGGUUCUGGUAAAACUUAUACCAUGUCAGGCAGAGACGAGGGUGUUCACAAAGGAAACAAUUUAGGUAAAAUGGAGCGCAAAGAAGACGGUUUAAUCGCUCGGUCUGUCUCAUAUUUAUUUGAAUCUAUUAAUAAGCGCACGUCAAAUUCAGAUCAAGAAAAAAUAUAUACCAUGAGGGCCUCCUAUUAUGAGGUGUAUAAUGAGCAGGUGAAUGAUCUUCUACGACUGGAUGCACCACCUAGAGAUGUCAAAUGGAGUUCAAAAGACGGGUUUUAUGUGGACAAUCUGCUUUUGGUUGAUUGUGAAACCUUGGACGAUGUGUUUGCUGUCUUAGAGGAGGGUUCCAGAAAUCGAAAAGUUGGAUCCCAUGAAAUGAAUAAAGACAGUAGUAGGAGUCACUGUAUCAUGACACUCCAUGUAGAUUCAAAUUUUUGGAUCGGGGAUUGUGCACCAAUCACGAGAUAUGGAAGAAUGUUAUUUGUCGAUCUUGCUGGAAGUGAACGUCUAAAAAAAAGCAAGAGCUCCGGUGAGAUGCUUAGAGAGACGGGCAAUAUAAAUAGAUCACUUUUCACUCUUGGAAAGGUCAUUUCCGCUUUAAGUGAAGGAAAAAGGGGCGAUGGAAUGGUACCCUACAGAGAAAGUUUGCUGACAAAGUUGAUGAUGGAGAGCUUGGGUGGGAAUAGUUUGGCCCUCAUGAUAGCCUGCGUAUCUCCAUCGUCAUCUGCAUUGGAUGAAACUUUGAGCACAUUACAUUAUGGAACUUGUGCUAAACACAUUAUAAAUGCCCCGUCAGUGAAUAUGGACGCAAGAGAUAAGGUGGUUUUAGAACUCGAAUUGGAGAUUGUGCGACUAAAAAAGGAGAAUAGUUUGUUGCGAUCGAAGCUAGGACUCGCUGAUGAAGAAGAAAUAGCAACCACUGUUACAAUACCACCUUACUGUGCCUCAGCUAAGCGAAACAAAUCUCCUCGCAAGACUUCUACCGAGUCCAAUUGCAAGACUUCCGGGUUGGCCAAAGCAGACCUGGGUAAUCCAUCGUUGGAGAAGCAGCUGAAGGGAUUAGAAAAAUUAUUUGCUAAGGAUGGAAAUUUUUACCAGGAUUCAUCUUAUCAGUCAGUCAACUUGCCAAGAACCGACAGAUCACUUAUGGAAGAUUUUGAGCGACAUACAAAUCGUAGUAUUCCUUCCGUCCAUACAAGUGGAGCUUUUUCUGAUACAACCUGGUCAAACGUUGAUUAUGAACGGGCUGAGAGGGCAAAGAGUGAGGAGCUAUGGAUAAAUUCGAUGCGAAAUAGUAUCAAUAACAAUGGCCUUCUGGGAGUGUAUCGUGGGUUAGGUGGUAGUAAAUGCAAGGGGCAACAACACAUAAGUAGAAAAAAUAGAAUUUCUGUGGAUCAUCUUAGUGCUCGCACUCGUAAGGCACAAAGCCCUUGCAAGUAUGGUGUGAGAGGUGACGAUGACUUCCAGGGAAGUAUAACUGUCAACGAAAAUGCUUUCCAACGUCUGUUAAACUUGAGCACGCCUGUUGGAGACAAAGAUGACGACUUUUACCAAUACUAAAGAAGCAGUGGAAGAAAUCAAGACUCAACCAGUCGGAAACGAGUCACAGAGCUUCUCAUUUACUGAGUGGCUCUUAAGAGAGAUUUGCCACAUUCAUUUUUGGUGGGAAAAGGCGCUUGAGAUGAGGAUGGAUUUUUCUUUAGCGACGCAGAGAGGUACGAGAUUACGUUAGAGCGGUUGGAUAUAUCGGGUCGAUUGUGCGAGAAUUAGGAUCGACAGAUUUACGCCAUGUAAACACAGAAAACUAGUAGACGCUGCAAGAUUGACCGAUAUACAUUGCAAUGAGUGGUUAAAUGGAUUUGAAAGACCUACGAAUAUAUUAUAUGGCAUACACGCCUACAGUAGAGGAGAAAUCUACUACGGUGCAGAAUUGUAAAUUAUUCAUUAACGCUAGAAAAUAUUUUAGUUUAUACCUUGAGCUUGUAGACCCAAGGUAGAACCACCUCAAUGGACAACAUAACCUCGGACUUUUGUCUACAUACUAGAUACGCUGAUUAUAUAUGUGAAGUCAGCACAUGAACAACCGAAAACCCUCACUGGUUUAGAAGGAAAACUGGUUGAACCAGUAUUAUAUAUCAGCAAUUUUGAUAAUCAAGGUAUACAAAGAUCACCAGGUUCCAAAUGUAUGUAUUGAUUCAAACUAUCGAAAUACAAUCCAAGGGAGUUUUUCAUCAUUCUUGCGAAAACUAUGAUUGUUGGUUCCUUGACGUCCUGUCACAACAAGUAUGUGAACCGGGUUUUGUGGGUGCGUACAAUCAUGUCGUAAGCGAUUGGCAAAGUGGAACGUAGACAGCAGACUCAAUGGUUUACUUCCUUCCAGUAGAUCACUUCGUAAAACGUGGUAGCAACUCAUUAAGAAUAUAUACGUUUUCUCAUUCCAGUGCAGUUCCAACACCUUCACUCCCAGAGAAGUAAUUUGCCUUACAAAUUCCUAACUCUGGUACUGACCGCCUUUCUGCGGUCUCCAAUCCA